GGUCUGUGGACGACGGCGCCGAGCCCACGGCUCCCUGGGGGGGAGACCGCUUUUCGGGGCUUCUGCGGUGGCGACUUCUCCCGCCCGAGUUGCGGGGUCGAAGAGCUCCUGGAGCGGGGCCUACAUCACUGCCCCGCGCGGCUGGAAUGGCCGCGGACUUUGCGAGCGCACACCGGGGGCUCCAACAUCAAGACCCGGUGUGCGACCUCGCACCACCCGGCGUGGCUUCAAUGGCCGCUGGACAAUCGCCAUCGCCAGCCGGGGGCUAUGACUUUGACUCUGACAUCGGGGGGGGGGGGGGAGUGCAGUGGAGAGAUACGUUUAUUUGGCCUUCCAUCACAGUUAUGUGAUGGAUGUUUAUGUUAAAUGUAAUUAUGUUGUGUCUGGGGUCUAUUUGUGUGUAUUGUAUGGCUGCAGAAACGGCAUUUCGUUUGGACCUCCAGGGGUCCAAAUGACAAAAUUGAUUCUGAUUCUGAUUCUGAUUCUGAUCUGUGGAGAACAUGGAUAGGUGACGUUUCACAGUGUGCUGGAGUAACUCAGCGGGUCAGGCAGCAUCUGUGGAGAACAUGGAUAGGUGACGUUUCAGAGUGCUGGAGUAAUCCAGUGGGUCAGGCAGCAUCUGUGGAGAACAUGGAUAGGUGACGGUUUCGGUCGGGACCCUUCUUUACUCUCCAGGUGCUGCCUGACUCAAUGUGUUCCUCCAGCACUUAGUGUUUUAUCAGCAUUCCAGCAUCUGCAGUUUCUUGUGACGUGACUUUGUUGCAUCUUGCAGCUUUAUUAACAGUUUAAUUACUUGUCAAUGGUUACGGUUGAUGUGUGAGUAACUGUAUCAUUGGUUUCUACAAGUUCUAUAUAUGUCAACAGACAGGUUAACAGUCAGUGUUGUUCUAUGUAAUACUAGAUAAACAUUAUAGUGUAAAACCAAAGUCCACAGUGCAGCCAAAGACAAGGUCCAUAAAGAUCUGUGCAUCUACCCGAUCUAUUCCUCUCAUGAUUUCAUACAGAGGGUGGUGAAUCUGCAGAAUUCAUUGCUGUGGAGGCCAAGUCAAUGGAUAUUUUUUAAAUUUGGAGUUUGAUAGAUUCUUGAUUAGUACGAGUGUCAGGGGUUAUGGGGAGAAGGCAGGAGAAUGGGGUUAGGAGGGAGAGAUAGACCAGCCGUGAUUGGGUGGCGGAGUAGACUUGAUGGGCCGAAUGGUCUAAUUCUGCUCCUAGAACUUAUGAAAUUAAUGGCUCUGUUUAAGAAAGAACUGCAGUUGCUGGAAAAAUUGAAGGUAGACAAAAAUGCUGGAGAAACUCAGCAGGUGAGGCAGCAUCUAUGGGGCGAAAGAAUAGGUGACAUUUCGGGUCGAGAUCCUUCUUCAGACUGAUCAUGGCUCGUGUGUAGGAUAUUGCUAGUUUAUGGGGUGAUCGCUGGUCGGGACGGGCUGAAUAGCCUGUUUCCAUGCUGUACCUCUAAAAUGUAAAGUUUAAAGCCUAAUGAAAUAAUGGUUUAAAGUCCCAAAUACCUCACAUUUCAUUUGCUGAAGAUAGACACAAAAUGGUGGAGUAACUCAGCGGGACAGGCAACAUCUCCAGAGAGAAGGAAUGGGUGACGUUUCAGGUUUUAGACCCUUCUUCAGACUGAGAGUUAGGGGUGGGAUAGAGAUAUGGAAGGGUAAGGUGUGAAAAUACAGAUCAAAGGGGACUGCGGCCAAGGAGAUGUAGAAGGGGAAGUUGACAACGAGGCUUACAAUCAGUAAUAUUUAAUCAGGAGGACAGCGGAACUAAUGGGAGAACUAGGGUGGGGGAGUGAUGCUGAGUCAUAGUCACAGAGUGAUACAGCGUGGAAACAGGCCCUUCGGCCCAACUUGCCCACACCAGCCAACACGUCCCAUCUACACUAACCCCACCUGCCUACGCUUGAUCUCACCAAUGUAGAGCAGCUGACACCUAGAGCAGCGAAUGCAAUAGAUGAGGUUGGAGGAGGUGCAGGUGAACCUCUGCCGCACCUGGAAAGACUGCUUGGGUCCUUGGAUGGAGUCAAGGGGGGCUGUAAAGCGACAAGUGUAGCAUUUCCUGCGGUUGCAAGGGAAAGUGCCUGGGGAGGGAAUGGUUUGGGUGGGAAGGGACAAAUUGACCAGGGAGUUACGGAGGGUGCGGUCUCUGCGGGAAAGCAGACGGGAGGAGAUGGGAAGAUGUGGCCAGUGGUGGGAUCCCAUUGGAGGUGGCGAAAAUGUCGGAGGAUUAUCUGUUGUACGUGAUGGCUGGUAGGGUGGAAGGUGAGGACAAGGGGGACCCUGCCCUUGUUACGCGUAGGGGGGAUGGGGAGUGAGAGCAGAGUCACGGGGUAUAGAAGUGACCCUGGUGAGAGACUCACCUAUAGUAGAAGAGGGGAACCCCCCUUCCCUAAAGAAUGAUGACAUCUCCAAUGCCCUGGUGUAGAACACCUCACCUGGGUGCAGAUGCGGCGUAGACAGAGGAAUUGGGAGUAGGGGAUAGAGUCCUUACAGGAAGCAGGGUGAGAAGAUGUGUGGUCCUGAUAGCCAUGCGAGUCAGUGGGUUUGUUAAACAUUCUUAUACUUUGUUAAACUUUCUUAAAUAUCUCAUUUGCAAAUCUAUUUUUCGUUCCAGAAAAUGUCUUCCACGUUGUCCACAAAUGGAACUGAAGAAACACCCUUCAUUAUCGAUCUGGACACAAUUUCAUGUGUAAGAAGAGAGUUUGUGACCAUGAAGACCAUCACGGCGGUGGUCUACAGCCUGGUGUGUCUCUUGGCCGUGACGGGGAAUGUACUGGUGUUGGUGGUCAUCCUUCACAACCGCCGCUCCAUCUCCUCCACGGACGUCUACCUGCUCCAUCUGGCCACGGCCGACCUGCUCUUUGCCCUCACCCUGCCCUUCUGGGCAGUGGACGCCGUGUCUCCCUGGGUGUUUGGUGACGCCAUGUGUAAGGUGAUCAGUAUGUUGCAGGAGGUGAACUUUUACAGUGGCAUCCUGCUGCUGGCCUGCAUCAGCGUGGAGCACUACCUGGCCAUUGUCCGCUCUGUCCAGUCGCACGGCCACAAGAGGUCGUGGAUGGUCAAACUGGUGUGUGCCAUCGUCUGGCUCGUGGCCCUGCUCCUGUCCUCGCCCGUCCUCGACAAUGAAGUAUUCUACGGCAAUAAAGUUAACCGGUCCGUCUGUAACGAGGAACACGACGGUGAUUUUGACAAACCGUGGAAACUGGGCAUCAAAGUUUGUCGCCUGGUCAUCGGCUUCCUCGUGCCGCUGGCCACCAUGGUCUUCUGCUACUCCGUCACUGUGUGGAAACUGUGCCAGACCAAGGGCUUCCAGAAACAGAAAGCCAUGAAGGUCAUCAUCGCGGUGGUGCUGGCCUUCCUGGCGUGCUGGCUGCCCUACCAUCUAACCAUGGUUGUGGACAUGCUGGUGAGAGUCGAACACAUCGACGUCUCCUGCAUCCAACGUGACCACUUGGACAGGGCCGUGCUGGCCACCCAGUGCUUGGCCUUUCUUCACAGCUGCAUCAACCCAAUCCUCUACGCCUUCAUCGGGGUGAAGUUCAGGAGCAACCUGGUCAAACUCCUGGCUCAUAAAGAGAAGCGAAGAAUCCCAAUUCAAUAAAUCACGCUCAUCCUCAGUCACUGAACAGACAUCCACCACCAU